CAACAGAGCAAGGCCUGCUUGAUCAGCUGAUAUUCGUUGGUUCGCGCGUUUUUAUUUUGGGCUAAAAAGAUGUUGUCAAAACAAGAUGAAAUUAAACCAAUUAAUAAUGAAACAGUACACAGAAUAUGUUCCGGCCAGGUUGUUUUAAGUCUUGCAAUUGCUGUUAAAGAACUAGUUGAGAAUGCAAUUGAUGCCGGCGCAACAAAUAUUGAAAUACGGGUGAAAAACUACGGCCAAGAUUCCAUCGAAGUAAUUGACAAUGGUUCCGGAGUACAGGAGAAAAAUUUCGCUGCUUUAACAUUAAAACACUACACAUCAAAAAUUCGUGAAUUUAACGACUUAGAAAACGUCGCGACACUUGGAUUCCGUGGCGAGGCUCUUAGCUCACUCUGUGCUUUAGCAGAUCUCACAAUAAUAACCAGACAUGAAUCUUUAGAACAUGCUACAAAAAUAUGCUAUGACCACAAUGGCCAUAUUAUAUCACAAUCCAUCACAGCCCGUUCAGUUGGUACAACUGUUCAGCUUUCCAAUCUAUUUGCAAGUCUGCCGGUGCGAAGGAAAGAGUUUACGAAAAACUCAAAGAAAGAGUUCAAUAAAAUGUGCAGCUUAUUGUACGCGUAUUGUUUAGUAUGCACAAAUGUUAAAUUUACAUGCAGUAAUCAAGUGUUGAACAAUAAGAACAUAAUACUUACGACACAGGGAAGCGGCUCAGUCAGUGAUAAUAUCGUAAAUAUAUUUGGCGCAAAGCAAAUAUCACAAUUGCUUCAAGUGCCGCUGGUACAACCAGAUGAAACAAUCGCGAAUGAUUUUACAAUCAAGAAAGUCCCUGACGAAUCACCAUUUGUGUUUGAUUUUCAUAUUUCCAGUGUCAUGCAUGGAAGCGGUCGAUCUGCAGCUGAUAGACAGUUUUAUUAUAUUAAUUCACGGCCGUGUGAGCCACAAAAACUUGCUAAACUUGUCAAUGAAACCUACAGAAGCUUUAAUAACAAUCAGUAUCCAUUUGUUUAUUUAAAUGUUAAAGUAUUAAGUAGUUUGGUGGAUGUUAAUGUUACGCCUGAUAAGAGACAGAUUUUCUUGGAACAGGAAAGCUUAAUGGCGACUGUUAAAAUGAGUCUGCUGGAAGCUUUCAAGAAUUUUCCAUCAACAUAUAAAGUCCAGAAUCUAAAUAUUUCUGUUGGAAUUACACAAGAGGAUAAUAAAAGAAAGUAUGAAGAUGACGAUAACAAUGAUAAGAAAGUCAAUGUUAAAUCAUUCUUGGAGAUAUUUAAAAAGCAAAAGGUUGCAGGACCGAAAGUAGAGAUUAUUAAAUGUCCUGUUACGCCUAAAAGAGUUCAAAAAUGUUUAACAGAGUUUAAAAUAGUUAAAAACGUGAAGAAUUGCCUGAAAAAGAAAUAA